AGCGCCACCCUGAACCGGCUCACGGUCCCCCGUUACUCCAUCCCGACCGGGGACCCCCCGCCCUACCCCGACAUCGCCGGCCAGCUGUCCCAGGGCAGAAGCAUGGCGCAGAGGCUGGACAGCAGUAUCAUUCAUGCCACUCUGCGGAGGAACAGCAGAGAGGCGGCCCUGAAAAUGGCUCAGCUGGUGGAUGGUCCAAGGGCCACCUUGCAGCUUCCCCCGAAAGCCAAGAGCAACGUAGUGACGGCACAGUACCAGCAGAGAGUUCCCACCGCCCUGUACACCUGCAGCCAGUGCAGCAGCGGUGGCGCUGGUGGCAGCAGUGUGAACGCUGGUGGUGCGGGUAACAUCACCGGUGCCAAUGCUAGUAGCAGCACUUCCAGUAUCGGUGGCAUGAGACCCGAUCUGAGUACGGGGAGUGGCUCCCAGCACAGCUCUGUCAUCGCUCACUCCGUCAGUACUUCGCCUCUGGCCUCCCAGUCCUCCUACAGCUUGCUGAGCCCACCUGACAAUUCCCGUGACCGAGCGGAUUAUAUCAACUCCGCCUUCACGGAGGAUGAGGCCCUUUCUCAGCACUGCCCGGUGGAGAAAUCGAUACGGCACGUACCUGUGUCUUUGACAGAGGCUACCCUUAGUGUAAAACGGCCACCGCCGUACCAGUGGGACCCUAUGGUGAGUGAAGAGAUAUGGGUUCCUCAGGAAAGGACAUCUCAGAGCUCAGUGCCCAACCCCCUAAAACCUCCCCCACUCAUCAUUGGUCAAGCUCAACAUCUGGAUAUGUCUCGAGUGCCGUUUGUUUCCCCCAAGUCUCCGACCAGUCCCACUGCCACUUUCCAGACAAGUUACGGGGUUGGAGUACCUUACCCAGGAAGCUACAGUGCCCCUCCCCUUCAGGGAAUGCAGGCUCCCUGCUCCCCCAAAGAAGCUCUGGCCCCAACACAGUUUGCACAGCAGGAGCCCACAGUUGUGCUUCAGCCAGGUUAUCCAUCCAACCUCUCCUAUUGCCCUUUGCCACCCAUGUACCCGGGAAGUAGCACCUGCUCUAGUUUACAGCUGCCACCGAUCGCCUUGCACCCAUGGAACUCCUACAGCGCCUGCCCGCCCGUUCAGAACCCCCAGGGCACCCUGCCCCCCAAGCCGCUCCUUGUGGUGGAGAAACCUGUGAUGUCUCCCCCACCAGCAGAGCUGCAGGGCCAUGUGGGCACAGAGGUAAUGGUGGAGACAGCAGACACUUUCCAGGAGGUGCUCUCCUUGACAGAAAGCCCUGUUCCUCAAAGGACAGACAAAUUUGGCAAGAAGAGCCGGAAACGCCUGGACAGUCGAGCUGAGGAAGGAAACGUGCAGGCUAUCACUGAGGGCAAGGUCAAAAAGGAGGCAAGGACGCUGACCGACUUCAAUUCGCUAAUAUCCAGCCCUCGGCUGGGGAGGGAGAAGAAGAAAGUCAAGAGCCAGAAAGAUCAGCUGAAGUCCAAGAAACUAAACAAAACGAAUGAGUUUCAGGACAGUUCGGAGAGUGAACCAGAGCUUUUUAUCAGUGGGGAUGAACUGAUGAACCAGAGCCAGGGCAGCAAAAAGGGUUGGAAAACCAAAAGGAGUUUGAGGACAGCCAGUGAGCUGGAUGAAUUCAAGUGCCGGAAGGCCAGUGAGAAGGAGGAUGGGAGACUGGGAAGCCAGGGCUUUGUGUAUGUGAUGGCCAACAAGCAGCCACUGUGGAACGAGGCAACGCAAGUCUACCAGCUGGACUUUGGAGGGCGGGUGACCCAGGAGUCGGCAAAAAACUUCCAGAUCGAGCUGGAAGGACGACAGGUGAUGCAGUUUGGAAGAAUUGAUGGCAAUGCUUACAUUUUGGACUUUCAGUAUCCAUUUUCUGCAGUUCAAGCCUUUGCUGUUGCUCUGGCUAAUGUGACUCAACGCCUCAAAUGAACAAGCAGAGACUGGAGAGAGGAAAAUGUUCACCUUCUCAUAAAGUCCAAACCGGAAAAUGUCAGGGCAGCCUGCUUUAGGUGUGCAGAGGUGCCUGGGAGUGAAGAAGGCAGUAAAACUGGAAAAGUCUCUUAGUGCCCACCAGAAGGGCAUUAACUCUAAUCAGUCAAGGGGUGGAGGGUGGGGGGCUGUUUUCUGUUUGGUUUGUUUGUUUGUUUUCUGUUUUGUUUUUUUUUCUUUUUAAGCAUUGUGCUGGGUCUCAGAAAGAGCAAAGGGUUGAGAACCAUUCAGUGUUACAUGGAGAAGUGUGACUUUUGGCUUGUUGUGGUGGUUCUGCCGUGUGUGCUACAGUAGCUGAUGUAAGCUCAUUGGGGGAUUAAAAAAAAGACUGCUCUUUUUGAUAGACUGCCUUAUAUCAUGCUGUUCUUUUAAAACAGGGAACAUAACUUUUUUCUGGUCCAGUUUGUACUACUACUGCUCUACUACUAAAACACCAGUGAUAGCAGCAAAAAAUUAAAAAAAA